GCCCGCCGCUCCGCUCCGCUCUGCUCCGCUCCCAGCAGGGACUGGCCCCGCCAUGGGCGACGGGGCGGCGCGGUCCCGCUGAGCUCCGGACACCGCGGCAUCCCGGCGACUCCAGCACCCCGAACUCCGACAUCCCGGGAACUCGGUACUCUGGCAGCCCGGCAGCUCCCCUCCGCUGACCCCGGCAUCCUCGGAGCUCGGGACUCCUCUGCCCAGGGAACUCACAUCCACAGCACCCCAGCUCCCCGGGAACUCCGGUCCGUUGACCCCAGCUCCUCCAUCACUCGGUACUCCAGCAUCCCGGGAACCCGGUACUCCAUCGUCCCGGGAACUCCGCUGCGCUGACCCCGGCUCCCCGAGAAUUCGCUCCACAGCCGCUGUGCCCCCGGGCUCCCGGGCCCCCCGGAACCGAGGCCAUGGCGUUCAUGGUGAAGAGCAUGGUUGGGGGGCAGCUGAAGAACCUGACGGGAGGCCUCGGCGGCGAGGAGAAGAGUGAGGGCGAGAAGUCUCCGGCCGAGGCACAGGGCAUGACCCGUGAGGAGUACGAGGAAUAUCAACGGCAGCUGGUGGAGGAGAAGAUGGAGAGAGAUGCCCAGUUUGCCCAGCGCAAGGCAGAGAGAGCCACUGUCAGGUCCCACUUCAGAGACAAGUACAGGCUUCCCAAGAAUGAAACAGAUGACAACCAGAUCCAGCUGGUAGGAGGUGACGUGGAGCUGCCCAAGGAGCUGGCCAAGAUGAUCGAGCAGGACAACGAGGAGGAGGAAGAGAAGAACUCGGUUAUCGGCCAGCUCAGCAACAUCCAGAACCUGGACCUUGAUUCCUUGAAGGACAAAGCUUCGGCCACACUAGAGGACCUGAAGCAAUCGGCGGAAAAAUGCGCCGUGAUGUGACGGGGCUGGAGAAGAACAAAGUGAUAAGGAAAAAUCUCCUUGUCCUCCCCCUCCAUCGUGCUGUAGCUGUGCGCUGUGCUCAGUUGAGUGUCCCUCCACCUCCUGUGCUCUCCCCAUGCCAUGGUACUGUUAUAACCGGUGGAAUAAAUACCAGGAGAUGUC